UUACCAAUCAUUUCUCGUGUCACAACCAACAAGCACCGGUUUGCUAUUAUGGACAGUAAUUUCAAGGUCAUUGUUGUGGGCGGAGGUCCAAUUGGUCUCAUCGCACCUCAUGCGCUCCACCGCGCCAAUAUCGACUUCCUUCUUCUAGAGUGCAGAUUUUCAAUUGUUGAGGAUGAAGGUGCCAGUAUUGUAGUUUACCCUCAGACAGUUAGGGUCAUGCAUCAGCUCGGUUUUCUAGAGUCUUUACUUCCAUUAGGAACCGAACUUGACGAUCAGUUGUUGUUUACCAAAGACGGAAUUACAUUCAAUGAAAGUCCAAGUUACAGCAAGACCAAAGAGAGAUCAAAAGUCCUCACUGGCAAAGGACUGGAUAGCAUAGAAAGUACCGAUGACGGCGUUACAGUCAGAUGCACCGACGGGAGUAUCUAUCAGGGGUCUACGGCCAUAGACGCAGUCGGCGGAAACAGCAGAACUCGGCAUUUAAUGCGUGACAUCGCACUGAAAGAGGAUCCGCAACGCGAAUGGGAUCCAGAACAGCUAUAA